AUGUCCUUCUUACGGCGCAUACAGCAGUGGUUCCAAGACCUUGCCACUGCGGCUCCAAUCACCCACAAAGCCACCCGCAUUUUCGGAUUUAUGAUACUCUAUAUUCUGAUCUUCUACGUCUGUAGAUAUCAGAUCACGCAAAUCCCACCGUUGUCACGGAAUAUCCUCUCGAUUUUCAUUGAGCUCAUAGUGAUUCCCAUCUUUUACGCCAUGAUGUACCCGCUGGUCUGCGGCAAGGAAGCUAAUGAGGGUAUCCCUACGGACCCUGAACUCCAGCCUCAAGCCGAACCAACGUCGGAUGCAGGCUCAGAUCCGGAUAGUACCUCCCAGGAUAGCAAUAAAGACGCGGGCAAGGAUGCACCCAGUUCCCGCCAAUCGGUGAAUGGAGACCGCUUCCAUAUAUUGCGACUUGGCUUGCUUAUGUCCACCGCGACCAUCUGGUUUUUUUUCUGUCGUUAG